AUGAUGCAAUCUGAAAACGCUGAUCCACAACCUCAACCAGGAUAUAAUUCACACACAAGUGAGAACGCUUCUGAUGAUACGCAAAGUUCGACUACUGCUCUUACCAAACCGACUGAGCAACCGUCAAUAACGCCUGCAUUAACUGGUAUAGACCAGUAUAAUGAUAUGGACGAGACUGGUGAUAGUGUAGAUAACCAAAACACUGGAAAUAAUACCGAAAAUCAAGAGGAAAUCAAUGAUGCUGCUGCUGAACGAGUACUCGAUAACUUUAUUAAAGAGAAUACCCAAGAGACAUCUCGAGAAGUUCCUCAAGGAAAAUUAAAUGAAGCCAAAGCCGAAGAUACAGAUAGUGAAGGGGAAGAAGUAGAAGAGGAAGAACUGGCAAGUGGUGUCACGCCUUCAUAUGAACAAGUAAACGGGGCACAAAUGGAGGAGCGUAUGUCAUUAUUAAAACGAAAACAACGUAUGGAUGAAAUUUUACGGCAAGAAGAUGGAGAUAGUGAAUUUGAAGACGAACAAAUGACCGACGUUGACCAGGAGGACCAAGAGUCAGCCUCAGCACCGAUACCUGAAGGUUUGUGUGUUGAGUGUCGGGAUCAGUGCAGUGAAGAAUUUUGUGAAAUGUGCUUUGCUAUGAUUCAUCGCACCGGAAAUCGACGGAAUCAUAAAUAUAAAAAUUUGAAUGUAAAUAUGAAAACUAAUGGAAAAGUAAAAACUACCGCGAAAAUUAUUUCUAAUGAUGAUAUGGAAACAGAGGAAUCAACUCCUGAAGAAGAUGAACCGAAACCUAUUAAUAUCAUUUCAAGUGGAAAUACGAGUUUUGGAGAUUGGUUUGAAAGUCGUGCAAAAUUUAUUCCACUUCGUCUUAACAUGGAAGAGCGUAAACUUCUAAGAUUAUUGGAAGCUGCCCUUAAUGUCUCAGAAUAUACGGAUAAAAUUGAUAUCAUAUCAUAUAAUUCAAGUAAAACACGGCGCAUGGUACAUCAGAUCAAAGAUUUAUGUUCGAUUUUGUCUGGGCUGAUGGUUGCAAGUGAUUAUAAAAAAGGCCAAGAACUCAUUAUUAAUAAGUCCUUUGAAGAUAACCAAGAAUUUUUCCAAAGGAUAUUUGAAAUCGGAAGAAGACAUAAAAUCAUGAACCCAGAAAAAAUGAGAGAUGCUUAUGGCAAAUUAAUGUAUAUGUUGAUGGAUUCUGUUAUUCCUGAUGUACAAGAUAUGCUAUCGUUUAGUCUAGUUAUUCCAAUAAAGACUGUCUACAGUUUUCUUAAGGAACGUGAUGGACUUGGCUUAUUACAUCACGAUUCAAUGGCUGAAGCAACAAAGGAAAUCAUAGCAGAUGGAAAGUCUCGGCCACAAAUCAAUCAAGAGAUUCGAUCGAAAGAGAGAGCUAUUGAAUGGCUAAGUCGCAAAUUCGCAAAUGAUAAUUUGACACAGGAGGAAAUUAAACAUUGUUUGUAUAGCAUUGGAGACAAUCAUGCCUAUUUAAGAGCAAACCGUGAUUGCUGUGAACGUAUUUCGCAAUAUUUGCAAAAAUACUUUAAUCCAAAUAAAAUUGAAAAGGGAUAUUCUCUGGCCAUUAGUUCAGGACGUAACGGCGCACGUUUAUCGCAUAGUCACGAAAUGCAAUACCUUUAUGCGAAUCAAACAUUACACCUUUGGCGUGAAAUUCAGCAUGAGAUGUUUAUGUUGUGGUCACUUUCUGAUCAAGACUUAUUAUCAGAUCAUAAUACGUACAGAUUAAGAGAUACUGGGCAAGGUUUGAACAGAGUACAGAUGUGUCCUGCUGUUUCAAAAUGUAUGCAUUCUAUUUUACAUCGUGCACAACAGAAAGCUGGAUAUUGGGUUGGAAGUUCGGUUAUUCAUUUGGGAGAUAAAAAUGUUCCAAAUGCAUUAAUGUUCAUUGAUAAAUAUAAUCAAGUAUCACGGAUCUUGAACCCUAUAUUAAUAUGCUUAGAGAGUAUAGAGCCUGUGAUCGCGAAAAAUACUGGAUUACGCAGUUAUGUUGAUAAUAGUUUUGGAGGUGUCGAUGCACUAAAGAAAAGUAUACUUGCAGAUUUCUUCAAGUAUGCUUUCGAUGGAAGUGGAGCAGAUAAUUUCUUUGACGCUGGUAGCUGCAUUGAUGGACGAUUAACGAGUGCGUGGAAUUGGUGCUCUUUAAUAGAAAAGAAGUCUUAUUUCCCAAUUUUCUUGUUAACGGGUUUUGUUGGAUUUGAUGGUGAUGGGUUUUAA